AUGAUUAAAAAGUCCCAGAUUGUCGAGCAUAAGAUGGAACGUCAGCUGAGGCGAGAAAUCGAGAUACAUUCACGUCUCAGACAUCACAAUAUUAUACGUUUCUACAAUUACUUCGAUGAUGAAAAUCACAUCUAUAUGAUUUUGGAAUACGCUCUCCAAGGAUCUGUGUUCAGUCGACUUUGCAAGACACAACGAUUCAGUGAGGAUUACGCUGCUCAGUUGAUCGUGCAGUUGGUUGAUGCGUUGAAGUAUUGCCAUAGCAAUAACGUAAUUCAUCGCGAUAUCAAACCAGAGAAUCUUUUACUCGGCUCGGACGGUGAGUUGAAGAUGGGCGAUUUUGGAUGGUCUGUCCACACAGUCACAUCACGCAGAACUUUUUGUGGUACAACAGCUUAUCUAGCACCUGAAAUAGUUAUGAAAAAAGGAUACAACGAAAAGGUAGAUUUAUGGUGUGUGGGUGUGUUGUGCUAUGAACUGAUCGUCGGACAUCCACCGUUCAUCAGUGACUCAGUUCAAAACACUUUCCGCCUUAUUAAGAGAAUUUCAUUCGAUUUUCCAUCACACGUAUCGUCUUUAGCGCGUGAUCUUAUCACGAAGGUAAUCAAUUCGUUAUCCGUUUUAGAGCCUUUUGCAAUGUUUAUUUUAGUGACAACAGCAGGUUUACUUUUGAGUUACUGA